CAAUUUUGGUUCUCAAACUCGCGUCAGUGAACAAAAAAAAAUGCAGCCCGACAAGAGAAGUCUCCCAGUCUCCCCUCUCUAAUCAGCUCCAAACCCUACUUUUCCAAGACUUGAGCCAUCACCGGUGCGUCUUCAAGCUCCGUCGUCGGUGCGGCCGACCUGAGAGCUACGUCGUCGCCUCCGGUACACCUCUAAGCUAAAUUGUCGCAGCCGUUGGGGCUAUCCUCCUUCUUCAGAAUGCCCCGGAAACCAACACGGCAUAAUCCAUCCUCAAGACAUCGGCCUCUCACCUUUUCCGCAUUUGGUCGGUCAAUGGCCAUGGCUAUACUGAGUAAGAAGGCCAGGCGAGAGAUUCAUGAACCCAAAGAUCUCCCAACCUCUUCUGGAAAUGGUUGUGUAAACCACGGCAAAGAUAAAAUGGAAGAGUCCAACUCUUCAGACAGUGAAGAUUUUGAGGGAGUUGUUCAAGCAGAUUUUGUCUUCUUUGAUCCAAAACCUGGUGACUUCCAUGGAGUGAAGGUCCUUCUGCAAACGUACCUUGAUAAUAAGCUGUGGGAUCUCAGCAGCUUUGUGGACUUGAUAUUGGGACAACCUACGGUAGGAACUGUAGUCAAGAUAGAGAACGAUGAAGAUGAUGGUGUAUACUCUGUUGUUACUGCUCUUAAUUUAGAAAGAUAUAAGGAUAGCAAAUGUGUAAUUGAGCUAAAGGAUUACCUGCUUAAAGUUUGUGAGGAUAUGGAUGUGAUACCUAAACUAAGGAAUUUAGUGGGAGAGCAUGCGAAGGAUGUUGGUCUUGUGGUCUCUCAGCGUGUCGUAAAUCUUCCCCCUCAGCUUUUGCCUCCACUUUAUGAUGCUCUCUUUGAUGAAAUAGAGUGGGCAACAGAAGACGAGCCUACAGUAGAGCUCCAGAAUUUCUUCCGCUUCAAAUUUUAUCUGAUUAUGAGCAAAAUAUACAAGCACAAGAACGCAAAUGGGAAGAAAGGGAUGGCUGAAAGCGGAGAAGAAGCUGUAAUUUACAUGAAACCUGAAGAUGAAAUUUUUCUUGAGCUUAGCUCAUGGUCCUUCAGCUUUCCCUUGCAUGCACAGCAAGUCACAACUAAUGAGCUUAAAAAUUAUCGACUGAUGGGUCUAGUGAUGGUUGUUGAAGCUAGCAAAGUAUCUACAUUCAGAAAAAAGUUCCAUUUACUGGUAGAUGAAUGAUAUCAUGAGAGGUUCCAUCAGAUAGGUCUGGCUGCAUCUCGAGUCUUUUUUGGGUAUGUGGUUUGCUUUGCGUGAGUGGAUAUGAACAGAGCUACCAGAUUCAGAUUGUUUGUACGUCAGGUCCAAAUAUAUAUAUGCAUCCAAUACCUGGCAGACAUCUAUAAGUCAUUUGGUACAAACUGUCUUGUGGUUCACUGCUCACUCCAAAAUGGAUUUGAUUAGCCAAAAAUUAUGUUUCUCCUGAUCGACACCGGGGGUAGGCUUUGUGCAAGAAAUUUUGGUAGUUAGGUAUGAUGGCUUUUGUUGGUUCUGAUGAAUUUACGCAACACUCAAGCAAUGUGUAUGGGAGCUCAUUUCUACCUCUUAAGACAAUUUUAGCUUUAAUCAAA